UGACAAAGACAUUCAACAGGUUGAAUCGGAAAGUAAACACGGCUUAGUUUAGUUACAGUUUCCUAAGUUAUUAAGCAGUUGCAGUUGAAUAUUUCAAAAAAGUAGUUCUAUAAUGGCUGGCACAAAGUUUUUGACUCUCAACAAUGGAGUGAAAAUGCCGUUAAUUGGUAUUGGCACCUGGCAGUCCAGCGAUGAGGAAAUUGAGACGGCAAUCGAUGCUGCUUUAGAGGCCGGCUAUCGUCAUAUUGACACAGCUCCUGUCUAUGGCAAUGAGGUGGCAAUUGGCAGAGUUCUCAAGCGUUGGCUGGAUGCUGGAAAAGUAAAACGCGAAGAUCUAUUUAUUGUAACCAAACUGCCGCCAAUUGCCAAUCGCCCACACGAAGUGGAGGGUGUUAUCAAGAAAUCUCUGGCAGAUCUACAAUUGGACUAUGUGGAUCUCUAUUUAAUCCAUACACCAUUUACUGUGAAUAUUAAUGAGGACGGCAGUUUUAAACUAGAUAAAGAUGGUUUAAUAGAAGUGGAUGUCACUACGAAUCAUGCUGCCACCUGGGUUGAGAUGGAAAAGCUAGUAGCAAACGGUUUGGCCAAAUCGAUUGGUGUGUCCAAUUUCAGCAAGGAUCAGGUGGCACGACUGUUGAAAAAUUGCAAAAUACCACCAGCAACCAAUCAGAUCGAACAUCAUGUAUAUCUCCAGCAACGUGAUUUGGUUGACUUUUGUAAGGCGGAAAAUGUUGCCAUUACGGCCUACUCUCCUUUGGGCUCCAGAGGCAUUGCCAAAUUCAAUGCUGGGGCAGGUGUGGUGCGUGAUGUGCCUGAUUUGCUGGAUAUACCCGAAGUCAAGGAAAUAGCUGCUGCCCAUGGCAAGUCUCCAGCUCAGGUGCUUUUGCGGUGGAUAAUCGACACUGGUGUCAUUGCUAUACCCAAAAGCUCCAAUCCGAAACGUUUAAAGGAAAAUCUCGAUAUAUUUGAUUUCCAACUGACUUCAGGGGAGGUUGACAAACUUUUGGCCCUAGACAAGAAUAUACGCGUCUGUGACUUUGCCUUCUUCCAUGGUGUGGAAAAGCAUCCGGAGUUCACUUUCAAGAAUCAAUACACCAAUUAAUCUGUAUACAUAAACAUUUGUAUAUCUUAUUAUUUAAUAGUUAUAGCACCGCAUGCAUUAUAUUCGCAUAUUUUCGUUGUAUAUCGUA